AUGACUACUGCAGCACUUCCACCAUUAGAAUUUACCGAUUGUCUAGCGGAUAGUCCAUUUUUCAGAGAUAAUUUACACAUACACGAAAAAGAAUUAGAAAGAACAAGUCACCAAAUAAAGAGACUUGAAAAAGAAGUUAAAGAUUUAAUAACGGCUGCCAAAAAUUUAUCCAUAGCCCAGAGAAAAUUGUCGCGGAGCUUGGAAAAUUUCAGCUUUGCCGGAAUCGAAAACACGCAAACGGACGACGAACGAGUCAUACAGGAAUCGUUGAAAGAAUUCGGUGCUUUGAUAGCUAAAAUCGAAGAUGUCAGGGAAAGGAUCGAAUCGUCGGUGGAUGAUGGUGAAAAGAAAAUAAUUUCAGGUAAGUACACGUUAGGGGAUGAUGACGUCAUCAUUAAACGAUUAAUUUGGUGGAGAUUGUUGUAUAAUCGUUAUUUACAUAAAACAAACAAACAAAGAGAGAGAGAGGCGGAUGCCACGUUGGACAUGGAAGAACGAGAAUUAUGUCAAGCAAGUCUCCGAUAUGUUUUUUUGCUACAAGAAGUUGAAGAAAGGAAAAAAUUCGAAUUUGUCGAAACGCUUCUAUCAUUUCUAUUCAGUUGGCUGACAUUUUAUCAUCAGGGUCACGAUGUUUACGGCGAAUUCAAGCCGUACAUGACAGAACUUCAGUUGAAAAUACAAAAGCAUAAAAAUUCUUUUCAGGUAAUUUAUUUAUUUAUUUGUUUUGCGUUCGAUAAAGAACGCCGCAAACCUCCGGAUCCCACCAUCGUCAAAUCAUUAUUCACAAGAGAAGGUUAUUUGUUUUUAAUGGAAAAAAAGGCUUUUGGAACCACGUGGACCAAACAAUACUGCCGUUACAAAAAGGAUACCAAAGAAUUCGAAAUGAUACCGUUUCAUCAAAUGACGACGAAAACGAACGCGGCAGAAAAAAUAAAAUUAGCUUCGUGCACGCGGAGAAUGUCGGAUUCGAUAGAGAAAAGAUUUUGCUUCGAUCUCAUAUCGUCGGACAAGCCUGGAGUAGUUUACACGUUGCAAGCCCUGUCGGAGGCCGAUAGGAAAUUGUGGAUGGAUGCCAUGGAUGGAAAAGAACCGACAUACGCCAUUCCCGGAAACAUACCCAAAAGCGAAGAGCGUCAACUCGACGAAACCGGAAUUAAUUUCGUUAAAAAAUGUAUCGAAGUCAUAGAGUCGAGGGGAUUGGAAGAACAAGGACUGUAUCGGAUAGUCGGAGUCAAUUCGAAAGUGAACAAGCUGCUUUCGAUGGUUUUGGAUCGGAGAAAAGCCGACAAGUUAAAUUUGGACGACGUGUACGAGUGGGAAAGCAAAACGCUGACGAGCGCUCUUAAAAAUUUCCUAAGAAAUUUACCCGAACCGUUGAUGACUUACAAAUUACACGAUUCUUUCAUCGAAGCAGCUAAAAAAUCGAGUAACGCUUUGAGAGUGAGCAGCGUUCAUUUGUUGGUUCACAAACUUCCGCAACCGAAUUUUCAAAUUUUAGACCUACUCAUAAAGCAUUUAUCAAACGUGGCAUCGAAAAGCGACAAAAAUUUAAUGUCCGUGAGCAAUUUGGGUGUUUGUUUCGGUCCGACUCUUCUCAGACCCGAAGAAGAAACGGUUGCCGCCAUAUUGAACAUUAAAUUUUGCAACAUCGUCGUCGAAAUAAUGAUAGAAAAUUACGAGAAAAUUUUCAAGGGACCGCCCGAUGGUAAAAAUGGAAAUUUGUUCAAUUCGUCUCAAGGAAACGUUCGAGAAGUGAGUUGA